ACGUCCCUGCCAACAUGGCGGUCAGCAUCCGCGGCCGUCCGACCCGGAGUGUACGGAUGAGAGGUCGGAAUGACAGCGGGGAGGAGAAUGUACCGCUGGAUCUUACGCGGGAACCCUCAGACAACAUGCGUGAGAUCCUUCAGAACAUUGCCAAAUCUCACGGGGUUUCCAACAUGAGGAAGCUCGGUCAUCUCAACAACUUUGUUAAGCUCCUGAACAGUGUAAGUCACUGUGAAGAAAAGUUAGGAUUUACACAUGAGGAAAUCAUCAUUUGUCUGCGUGUGGCGUUGCUGAACGAGGUGAAGGAGGUUCGGGCUGCGGGUUUGAGAGCGCUGAGGUAUCUGAUCCGUGACAGCAGCAUCCUCCAGAAAGUUCUUCAGCUGCAGGUGGAUUACCUGAUCUCCAGGUGUAUUGACAUUCAGCAGAGCAAUGAGGUGGAGCGAACUCAAGCCCUCCGAUUGGUCAGAAAGAUGAUAACGGUGAACGCACAGCUCUUUCCCAGCUCUGUAACCAACUCCCUUAUCGCGGUGGGCAGUGAUGGGCUGCAGGAGAGAGAUCGCAUGGUUCGGGCCUGUAUCGCCAUCAUCUGUGAACUUGCACUGAAGAACCCAGAGGUGGUGGCGCAGCGAGGAGGUCUGAGCACCAUCCUGAAGAACGUAAUCGACUGUCAGCUGAGCCGCAUCAACGAGGCCCUGAUCACCACUAUCCUGCACCUGCUCAAUCACCCGCACACGCGCCAGUUCAUACGCGCUGAUGUUGAGUUGGAGCAAAUCCUUGCACCUUACACUGACUUUCACUAUAGACACAAUCCUGAAACCGCAGAGGCACAAAUCAAGGAGGACAGAGAAUCUCGUUUUCUAGCCAGUAAAAUGGCCAUCGUGGCAGCGUUUCGCUCAUGGUCAGGUAUUAUAAACCUGUGUAAAUCCGGGAACUCAGGGGUCCAGUCUUUGAUAGGCCUGCUCUGUAUACCAAACAUGGACGUCAGGAAAGCCUUGUUAGAAGUUCUGUACGAGAUCUUCAGAUUGCCUGUCCCAUUAGUGACCGGAGAUUUUGAGGAAGCCUUGCACAGCGUGGAUCCCAGCAGAUUUCAGGAUAGCUGGAGACUCUCUGACGGGUUUGUUGCCGCAGAAGCCAAAGUCAUAUUGCCUCACAGAGCGCGAUCCAGACCAGACCUCAUGGACAACUAUCUGGCUCUGCUGCUGUCUGCCUUUAUCAACAGUGGACUACUGGAGGGUCUGGUGGAGGUCGUGACCAGCAGUGAUGGACAGAUAUCUGUGAGAGCCACCAUACUGCUUGGAGAACUCUUGCACAUGGCCAAUACGAUUCUUCCUCACUCUCACAGUCAUCAUCUGCACUGUCUGCCCACACUGAUCAACAUGGCUGCUUCGUUUGACAUCUCUCAGGAGAAACGGCUGCGUGCCAGUGCAGCCGUGAACCACCUGAAGCGUUUCCAUGAAAAGAAGCGCCGGGGCCCCAAACCUUACAGUCUUUACCUGGAUCACAUUCUGCACAGGACGUCUAGCUCCUCUCACCGGAGAGACCAGCAGCAUCAGCGCCCACACAAGGACAUCUAUAUUAUGAAGGACACUGAAGAGGCGCUGAUGAUGAACCUGAGGGACAGUCAGAUCCUCAAUCACAAACAAAACCUGGACUGGAACUGGAUUUUGAUCAUCACUAUACUGAAGUGGCCAAACGUGAACCUCAAAAACAUCAAGGAUGAGCAGAUGCACAAGUUUGUGAGGAGGUUGCUGUAUUUCUAUAAGCCCAGCAGUAAGCUGUAUUCUGCUCUGGAGCUGGAUCACGCCAAAGCCAGACAGCUCACGGUCGCAGGCUGCCAGUUCAACCAGUUCCUCCUGGAUUCAGAAGAGGACGGUCAGGCGUAUUUGGAGGAGCUGGUGAAGGAUAUCGUCCAGUGGCUCACAUCGUCUUCUGGGCUCAAACCAGAGCGCAGUCUCCAUAGCAAUGGCCUCCUCAGCACCCUUAAUCAGCACUACUUCCUGUUUCUGGGCACUCUUUCUGCACAGCCACACGGAGUCAAGAUGCUGGAGAAGUGUGGUGUAUUUCAGUGUCUGUUGAACUUGUGCUCAAUGAAGAACCAGGAUCAUCUGCUGAAGCUCACGGUCUCCACUCUGGACUACAGCAGAGACGGACUCGCUCGAGUCAUUCUGUCCAAGAUCCUAACGGCCGCCACUGAUAACUGCCGCCUGUACGCCACCAAACACCUGCGUGUGCUUCUGCGUGCCAAUGUUGAGUUCUUCAGUAACUGGGGGAUGGAGCUGCUGGUCACACAGCUGCACGACCACAACAAAACCAUCUCAAUGGAGGCGCUCGACAUCCUGGACGAGGCCUGCGAAGACAAGGCCAAUCUGCACGCUCUGAUCCACAUGAAACCAGCUCUGUCUCAUCUGGGGGAUAAAGGCCUUCUGCUGCUGCUGAGAUUUCUGUCCAUCCCGAAAGGCUUCUCCUACCUCAACGAAAGAGGCUACGUCAGCAAACAGCUGGAGAAAUGGCUCAAGGAGUAUAAUCUGAAAUAUGUGGACUUGAUUGAAGAGCAGUUAAAUGAAGCUCUUACAACAUAUCGCAAACCUGUCGACGGAGACAACUACGUCAGGCGCAGCAACCAAAGGUUACAGAGGCCAAAUGUGUUUCUCCCGGUGCAUUUAUACGGGCAACUGGUCCAUGAUAAAACUGGCUGUCUGCUUCUGGAAGCUCAGGGAGUUAUCCCAGACCUGAGCUACACAGUGCGAUCUCCAGUGCUGGAUAAAUGGGAAGGUGUUAAACAGCUGAAAGCAGCGCUCUGGGCUCUGGGCAACAUUGGCAGCUCAAACUGGGGUCUAAACCUCCUCCAGGAGGAAAACGUGAUUCCUGAUAUUAUUGCUCUGGCUCAGCACUGUGAGGUUUUGUCCAUACGUGGUACGUGUGUGUAUGUGCUGGGUGUGAUCAGCCGGACGCGGCAGGGCAGUGAUGUGCUGAAGGCUUCAGGAUGGGACUCAGUUCGUCACAGUCGCAGGCAGCUGUGGCCCGUGGUGCCCGAUGAGGUGGAGGCUCCUCUGCCCAGUGAGCUGUCCUCCGUCCCCAGCACUCUCAGCCUCAACUCUGAGUCCACCAGCUCACGACACAACAGCGAGAGCGAGAGUCAGCCCAGUUUAUACUUUAUGGAUGACGAUCGUGAGGGUUUGGACAUCUACGAGGACUCCUCCCUCAGCAUGCACGCCAAAACCUCCAAGGAGCGAAGCCCGUUCACCAUCCUGACUCCGUCACACCUCCGAAACCGCUUUCUCAACUCACUAUCCCUCCCCAGUAAGAAAGGCCGGAGCCCGACGGACACAAAAGGCACGAGCUUCACAGCAAAAACCCCAGAAGAGCUCCGGCUCAUGCACUGCAACCGGAGCAUCGCAGAAGCCACAAACUCUUCUCCGGGACACUCCGAAGUCUUUUACAAUGGCAGCCGAAUGCCCCGCAGCCCCACAGUCAGCCUAGAGACGUCAUUUGUGGGUAUUAAAGCGCUAGCAGAGCCGUACGCGGCAGAUUCUGAAUGCAGGAGUCAAUUUAAGAGAGAACGAAACAGCAGGGAGCGUUUAACCUGCGACGGUGCAUCUGUGCUACCCGGCGGCGGGACGUUUAAAAGCCGCAGUCAGAGUUUCAACACAGACACCACCACUAGCGGGAUCAGCUCCAUGAGCUCCUCGCCAUCCCGAGAGCCUGCUAUGGAUACAGACUGCGCUAGUCUGAACACUGUGGUUAGUGCUAGGACGGUCAAAAUGCAGCAUUCGCUCAGUCCUAAUAAUCAUAUUCUUCUCUCCAAGUCGAAUUCUACGUCGCUGGUUCCUCCUGGAUCGGCGCACACGCUGCCACGGCGUGCACAGUCACUGAAAUCCCCCUCAGUGGCUACUAUUAAGAGCCUGGUGGACUGUAGUUACAUGUACACAAGCCCGCGGGACGCACUGGGAUAUGCCACGCUGAAACGGCUGCAGCAGCAGAGGAUUCACCCAUCCCUGUCCCACAGUGAAGCGCUGGCGUCUCCUGCUAAAGACGUGCUGUUUACUGACACCAUCACCAUGAAGACACGCAGCCUCGACACACGGCUCACUCCACGCAGGUUUUUGAAAGCUCUGAGUUUUGCGUCUCUGGAUAAGGAGGACUUGUUGAGUCCCAUCAAUCACUCCACUCUGCAGCGCUCCUCUUCCCUGCGCUCCAUGGUCUCUAGCGCCACCUUCGGUUGCAGUGAGGACUACAUCGGCCUGGCGCUGCCCUUGGACAUCAACAAUAUGUUUCAGAUUAAAGAAACGUCAUAUUUCCAGAAGAGAACGAGUCCUCCGGCUGGAGAUAAAUCAUCUAAAUUUAAUUUUGGAGAAUCAGAUGGUUUCCUAGAAUCGUGUCGUGGUCCUCCACUGAAGCAGCAGGUGAGCAUCACAGAGCUGCUCAACAGCAGCCGGUCGGAGCAGCACCACCUGCUGGGGGCAGAGGAGACCACAGGCUUACAGGAACACACAGAGCAGAACUGCCUUUACUGCAGCGCUAUCAACGCCCUCGGCUCACACACACAUAACCACCUGAACAACACGCACAAUCACAAUGAUCUGUCUGAUGGUUUCUCUCAGUGGCACAGUCAGCCAUUCCAUAAUCACUUGGAGGUGGUCGCUCAGUCCAAGUUCUCUGGGGUGUCGGGCUGCAGUGACGCGGCCGUCAGUCAGGGCUCCGCCUGCAGCACUCCCAGCACUGACAUCAUCCUGGGAGGGAAGGCCAUAUCUGAGGACGGGCCAGCCUGUCGAGUUCUGCUGAGAAAAGAGGUUCUGCGGCUCGUCAUCAACCUCAGCUCUUCAGUCGGUACCAAAGGACAUGAAACUGGCCUGCUGACGAUAAAGGAGAAGUUUCCGUACGCGUUUGAUGACAUCUGCCUGUACUCCGAGGUUUCCUUCCUGCUGGCUUCCUGCACCUUCCGUCUGGCCUCACGCCGCUUCAUCCAAGAGCUCUUCCAGGAUGUGCAGUUCAUUCCGCUGUAUGAUGAAGCCGAAGCAGUGUUGACUAAACCAUCAGUGGAGGACGCAGAGUCUUGAUGCCUCUGUCAGCUUCCUGAACACUUCACUGCCUCCAUCAUCAUCAUCAUCCUCAUCUUCUCUCGUUCAAAACAGAGACGCAUGAAUAAGUGGAAAUAGAGGACAGAUGGAGGAGAGGAAGUAAACGCUUGCAGGAAACCUUCAGAUGGAGCAGUUUACCAAAAAGGUCAUCAGACUGUGAAACAGGUGAACUUCAGACGGUCUGAUCUGAGCGUGCACAACAAACAAACUAUUUCAAGAGAGAGGAAAAAUGAAAUGCUGUUUACACUUUAAGAUUUCCAGAUGCACAGAUGAGCUGAACACUUCUCUGCACUGGUGUAUGCGCGUGUGUGUGUGUGUGUGUAUGUGUGUAUAUAAUUCCCAAUAUUUCACAAACAUUAACACUACAAACAAAUGUGCCACUGCGAAUGAUUCGACUAUGAAAUUUAAGACUUCCAGAAGUGAGAACGGGCAAAAAAAAAUGUCAAUCGCAUUCAUGCUAUUUAUUUGUUUUUGUAUGCGCGGUUUAAUUUAUUUUUUAUGACCUCCAGACAAUCAGAAUUCUGUGUUUUGGGGGGGAAAAUGUGGUGUGGGACAUGCAAACAUUAGCAUCUAUUGCUGGAAAUGUAUUAAAACACACAUGCGAGCACUGAUACACAUAUACUUCGUCACUGAGCUACUUCGAUUGGUAAUAGUGUGGAUUUUUUCACAAGUACUAGGGUGAAUCUGAUGAAUUAGCAUAAUAUCAAGUAUAGGUCACUUUAUCAUUAUCGUGAAGCCAAAUUCUCUUUGAUUAUCAUCAAUUUUUAUAAUCUGAUUUUGAAAUUAAAGGGAUAGUUCACCCAAAAAUGAAAAUGUUUGCACUAUUUAAGCUCCCUCAAACAUUUAUGGGUUUCUUUCUUCUGUUACUAAAGACAAUAUCUUGAAGAGAACCUGUAGCCAUUGACUUCCAUAAAAGGAAGAACAAAUACUAUGGAAUACCAGUCAAUGGUUACUGGUUUCCAACAUUCUUCAAAGUAGCUUCUUUUGUGUUCAACAGAAUUAAGAAACUCAAGCAGGUUUAGAAAAAAUAAAUGAUGACAGAAUGUUCAGUUUUGUGUGAGCUGUCUCUUUAAAUGUGACCUGGAUGCACAAUACUUUGGACAAACCGUGGUUGGUGUAUGUCUGUGUAGAAAGUUUACAGAUAUCAAACAAUACUCAUUCGUCCCUGUUAUCUGAUCUGAUGGUGGGACAUUGAUGAUAAGUUUUGCAGGAAGUUAAACCGGAUAAACAUAAUCAUGCAUGGGUUAGUUUUAUUGAUACGUUUACUAAAAGUGAUCAUCAAGUACCUUUGGAAUAUUCUGUUCAAUAUUGUGCUGCUCACCAAAUCUUUGACUUGAUGUUGACUACAACAGAAAAGUAUUUCGUUUUUUCAAUACAAUAAAUACAAGUCAAUACAAUUAGUAUUAUGUUUCAUUUUUAGAUUUCAGGACAAUUAUAGUAAUUCUAAGUUAAUGUCCAAUACACUGUAAAAAUCAAUUAGUUACUGUACUUAAAAAUAAAAGUAAGUAAACCCGUUCCCUUAAAAGCGACAAGUUGGCUUUACUUAAAGUGAGGAAACUUGUUGUAACUUGGAAUUGUUAAGUUAACUUAAUUUCAUUUUUGGAAUAAUGCACAAGUUCAGUUACUUUAUUGAUUAGAUAAAGAAUAUGCCAAACCCUAAAGGUAAUUGAUUUACUCACUUUAAGUCAACUAACUGCUUUAAAAGCAAUAAAUUUACUUACUUAAAAAAAAA